AUGACACAAAACACGUUCGGGAUUCGAGAUCUGGGAUCUGAUGCCAAGCUUCUUAGUCGAAAUCCGGAGACUGAAGAGAUUUUGAAUGAAAGAGAAGUAUCGAGAUGGAGUCAUGGUCUAGUCUGGAUUAACAAAGGGGUUGAGAAGCAGGAGAAUGGGUCACUUAACUUAUCUACUGGCUUACAGUACUCGAGCGAUCCUGAGAAUCCUUCCACUCUGCUCAGUGAUAUUCAGGAGACCGGCCCAGUAAUAAAAUGGGCUUAUCAGGCAAGGUUUCUAGAAGAUGAGCUUAAAAGCUGUCGAGACUUGGCACACCCUCCCGAUCGCGCUACACCCUAUGUGGCCUAUAGUGAUAUGCGUUAUCUCUACGGUCACUCGUCCUCACUAAGACGAUAUGUAUGGAGAACAAACUCGUGUGGCAGUUCUGCUUCUGCUUCGCCCUGGCAACUCGUGUGGCUUGCAUACUCUUUGACCAGUGGUAUUGAUCCCUGA